GCCAAAGUCGGCAAAGUCCGCGCGGCCGCAGGAUGGGGACCGGCUCCUCCAGCUACCGGCCCAAGGCCAUCUACCUGGACGUGGACGGCCGCAUCCAGAAGGUGGUCUUCAGCAAGUACUGCAACUCCAGCGACAUCAUGGACCUGUUCUGCAUCGCCACCGGCCUGCCGCGGAACACGACCAUCUCCCUGCUGACCACCGACGACGCCAUGGUCUCCAUCGACCCCAGCAUGCCCACGAAUUCAGAACGCACGCCCUACAAAGUGAGGCCCGUGGCCACCAAGCGGCCGUCCGAGAAAGAAGAACUGAUCCAGAGUGUGCUGGCCCAGGUGGCGGAGCAGCUCUCCAGAGCAUUUAAAAUCAACGAGCUGAAAGCGGAAGUCGCCGACCACCUGGCUGUGCUGGAGAAGCGGGUGGAGCUGGAAGCGCUGAAAGCGGUGGAGAUCGAGAAAUGCAAGAGCGACAUUAAAAAGAUGCGGGAGGAGCUGGCAGCCAGAAGCAACAGGUCCAGCUGUCCCUGCAAGUACGGCUUUGUGGAUGAUGACAAGAAGCUGGCUCCGCGACGCGACGUCCCCGCCUACCCCAAGUACCUGCUGUCCCCAGAGACCGUCGAGGCCCUCCGGAAGCCCACCUUUGACGUCUGGCUCUGGGAGCCCAACGAGAUGCUGAGCUGCCUGGAGCACAUGUACCACGACCUCGGCCUGGUCAGGGCCUUCAGCAUCAACCCCAUCACCCUCAAGAGGUGGCUGCUGUGUGUGCAGGAAAACUACAGGAACAACCCCUUCCACAACUUCCGGCACUGCUUCUGCGUGACCCAGAUGAUGUACAGCAUGGUCUGGCUCUGCGGGCUCCAGGAGAAGCUGUCCCAGAUGGACAUCCUGGCCCUGAUGACGGCCGCCAUCUGCCACGACCUGGACCACCCGGGCUACAACAACACCUACCAGAUCAACGCGCGCACGGAGCUGGCGGUCCGCUACAACGACAUCUCGCCCCUGGAGAACCACCACUGCGCCGUGGCCUUCCGCAUCCUGGCCCAGCCCGAGUGCAACAUCUUCUCCAACCUGCCGGCGGACGCCUUCCGGCAGAUCCGGCAGGCAAUGAUCACCUUGAUCCUGGCCACCGACAUGGCGCGACACGCAGAGAUCAUGGAUUCUUUCAAAGAAAAAAUGGAGAACUUCGACUACAGCAACGAGGAGCACGUGACCCUGCUGAAGAUGAUCCUGAUCAAAUGCUGCGACAUCUCCAACGAGGUGCGCCCGGUGGAGGUGGCGGAGCCCUGGGUGGGCUGCCUGCUGGAGGAGUACUUCAUGCAGAGCGACCGCGAGAAGUCAGAAGGCCUCCCUGUGGCCCCGUUCAUGGACCGGGACAAAGUGACCAAAGCCACGGCCCAAAUCGGGUUCCUUGAGUUCGUCCUGAUCCCCAUGUUCGAAACCGUGACCAAGCUCUUCCCCGUGGUCCAGGAGCCGAUGCUGCAGCCUCUGUGGACGUCCAGGGACCACUACGAGAAGCUGAAGCAGAUAGACGAUGCCAGGAAAGAGAGAGCAGAGGCCCAGACGCCCGAGGGCACCGACGGGUCCAGAGAGAGGAGCAGAGGCGGGAAGACGAGUGAUGCGGACUGUGCCUGACGUGGGGCCGCGCCCCGGUUCCUGCCCGCCGCCUCGAGGGACCCCGCAGAGGAAGAGGGGAUUCGGGUGCCCGGCACCCCCAAGCACAUUCCCCAAGAGCCGUUGCGUUGACAGACGCGUCCGUGAUGCUGUACAGAGUUUUUAUUUUUAAACUGUCUUUUAAAUAAUAUAUUCUUCUACA